AGAGAGACAGAACUAUCCCGACGUUUAAUGACUCACCGUUUUAUUCCAUUUUGGGCCGUGGAACAAGUGGUUCAAUAUGGUCACGCCAUAGACACCUACUAUUUCUCCCCACGAGGCUUAGAUCAGACAUAAUUUUAGUGUUUGGUAGUUUAUGGUUGAGGUUUAAGGUGAGGUGUGGUGGUGGUGGGGGAGGAGGAAUGUGGUGGAGGCUGCGGCAGGAACCGUCGCCUCAGCCCGUGACGCUCACCCAGUAAUGGCGGCCGGAACUCCACCAGCUAUUUUCUGAAGCUUUAGACGCCUGAUUUGCCGCCUCCACGCUUCCCACCAUCCACCGGAGCCCCUCUCCUCGCAUCUUAGUCCAUCCCCCGUAGAUUAGAAUAAGGUGACAGCAACAUGGCACACUCAGAGCAGAACAGGACGUUGUACGUGGGCAACCUGGACAGCACAGUCACCGAGGACCUCAUCAUGAUGCUGUUUGGCCAGCUGGGUGAGGUUCGCAGCUGCAAGAUGUUCCGCGAGCCCACCACAGACCCUUAUUGCUUUGUUGAGUUUUGUGAUCAUAUGACAGCUCUUAAUGCCAUCACUAUGAUGAAUGACAAGAUGCUUCAGAGUCGGAAAAUGCGAGUGGAUUGGGCGACUGGACAGGGGGGUGCUGUGUUGCCUUGUUGUGCUAUUUUAGUGCAACACUGCAGAAAAGUGAGAUAUAAGAAGCUUCUCAUGAAGGUAACCAAGAUGAUUAGUAGCAACCCAGAUUUUUGGACCAUUGUUGAUGUUGGGAUCUGGCUCGAAGAACAAGGCUUUGCACAGUAUAAAGCAGCAUUUUCACACCAUAAAAUAAAUGGAGAAGUGCUUUUACUUCUCACUGAGAAGGAUCUCAAGGAAGAUCUGAAGAUCACAAUCCUUGGAGAUUUGAAGAGAUUAUAUUCUGCCAUAAGAAGAUUACAACGUGCACAUGUUCCCUUGGACUCUCUAAGUUCUCCAGACAGUUCUCAUAAUAAGACUGCGAGUUCUCCAGUAUUCUCCAACCAUCACCUCAAUCUUCAACCAACAUUGCCUCAUGUAUCAAAUAUUUCUUCUCAAACCAGAAACAGAACCUACUCGUCAGAUUCUCAAGCCUCAGAUCUUCCAGAUCAGCAAAAAUUUGGCGGCUUGCGGCGGCCUAGUGGUGUGGCAACUCAGCUCCGGCCAGAGUACAUGAAAACUAUCAUCUCGUGCCUGUACAUGUUCCUCGUUACAUGGAUCACAGCUAUUGUCAUGGUCUUUGUUCAUGAUCGUGUUCCUGACAGGGAGAGACAUCCUCCUCUUCCAGACAUCUUCCUGGACAAUGUCCCACACAUUCCAUGGGCCUUCCAGCUGUGUGAGAUAACCAUCAUUUUAUUAACUACUACUUGGCUAGUAAUCCUUUUCUUCCACAAGCACAGGUCUAUAGCAAUCAGACGAUUUUGUGCACUCUCUGGGUCGGUGUUUUUGCUACGUUGUGCUACCAUGUUCAUCACGAGCCUCUCGGUGCCUGGCUCUCAUCUUGAGUGUGAACCUAGGGACCCAAGUGAUCUACUGACACAACUGGAACAUGCGUGGAUAAUCUGGCAGGGAGGGGGACUGAGCAUCAAGGGGGUUCGCACCUGUGGGGAUUACAUGUUCAGCGGCCACACCACUGCCCUUACUUUGCUUAACUUCUUCAUUACAGAAUAUACUCCAAGACGAAUGUACUAUCUGCACAUUGCUUCAUGGGUGCUUAACACUUUUGGCAUUUUCUUUAUCCUGGCUGCACAUGAGCACUACUCGAUUGAUGUAUUUAUUGCCUUUUAUAUCACGUCUCGUAUGUUCCUUUAUUACCAUUCUCUAGCAAAUAAUCGUGCUCUGCAUCAGAGAGAUUCUUUUAGGACUAAAAUUUGGUUCCCAAUGUUCAGUUAUUUUGAGGCCUACAUUGAUGGUAUUGUGCCAAAUGAGUAUUCAAAUCCAAUGUGCAAAGCAAAUCUUGUAUACUUUUGGAAUAUUUUAAUUGAAACCCCCAACAAAAAAGUGUUUAGUGUUGGAAAGAAGAAAGAGAAACACAAAUAAAAUGUUGGAAAGUGAUACUGAUAAUAUGACAUUCUGUUUUCUGUGGUUGUGAUUAAGCUCAAAUAAUCCAUAACAAUCAUAUCUGUAAGUUAGGACCUGGUUUAAUGAUUGUAUGAAUGAAGUGGCAGGAUUUGUUAUUGUUUUAUUCGGGUAGCACGUUACUGCUUCAUAUUAAGUUCUCAUAUCUCGGACUUUAAUUGUAGGACUGAAUUUAUUCAGUCCUACAAUUAAAGUAGUCCUUGGUAAAUAACCAAUUAUUUCUCUACCGACUGACAAAUGUGUAGCAUACAGUUUGUCAACUUUCCUGCAUUACCUUUGUUUUCUCAGGAUUAUCAUUACUCUUAACUUAGCUUGGUUAGUUCAGCAACCAAAGGUCUCGCCCUGAAUGAACGUUUAUGUUAGUGCAGCAACCAAAGGUCUCGCCCUGAGCGAACGUUUAUGUUAAUACAGCAACCAAAGGUCUCGCCUUAAGUGAACAUUGAUGUUCAGCAACCAAAGGUCUCGCCCUGUGCAUACGUUUAUGUUAGUUCAGCAAACAAAGCUCUCACCUUGAGUUAAGUCAAGAUGAAAUACUAUUCAUUUUGUUUCUUUUUGGUUUUGUUUAUGUUGAUACACAUUUAUGCAGUAACAACUGAAAUAAAUAAAUCUGAUUACUUGCAUAAAAAUGUGUUGUUCAUGUAGUCAGCAUAGAUUUAGAUUGUGAUAUAUUUUAUAUGAGAAACUCUAGUGUAUAAAAAUAAAGAGCUUAAAAGGGAUGAAAGAUGACAAAAGAGCAUCCAUGUCAGAAAGAUACCUAAUUUUGUCUUGUAUUUUAUGAGAAUUGGUGGAAAAUAAUUUGUAGCCAAUCAUUUUAUUCACUGAUUAGUGUAAACUAAUUUGUUUUAAAGAAAUAUAGCCAACUACAGGGAAUGAGAUAAUCGUUAAUUUUUUUUUUUGUGAAUCCCAUUGUGUAAUUAGUAAUGUCUGAUCAGUUUUUGAUGAUAUAACUAAGGGGUACCUGGGUGCUAAUGUAAACUAUGCUGGGAUUUAACGUCAAAAUUGUUAAUUUGUUCAUUCUGGUUGUACUAAAGUAAACUGCAAUGUUAAUGCAAGUUUUUAUUUGUUUUUUUAUUUUUUAUACCUGUUGAUGAAUAGGUUAUGUUAGGAUAAUUACUGAUGCCAAAUUAAAGCAUGUUUGAUCUUUAGAGAUGGAAAUCCCUGUUGCCUCCUGGAGAGAGAGAGUCAGAUUUUGAAGCCUUUUAAACUAAGCCAUCUUCUAUGCCGUCUCUAUUUCUACUGUUUAAAUGACUUUUUACAAAUACGUUCUGUAUGUUUAAAACAAUCUUUUCCAAACAUAUUCAUUAUACUAUAAUGUGUCUUAUAUUCAUAGGUUCAGUCAUGGAGGUCGUCAUGAUAAAUUGAUACGGGUGUUUUAGAUUUUAUAGAUUUUAUGUGCCUAAGAACAACUUUUGCUGGUGUGUUAUUGAUAAAAUGUGAUUUCUUAUUAGACAUUCACAUUGUGCAAUACCCGGAGAAUAUCCUUGCAUAUUGACUUGAAUCUUUCAGCACUGGUGGCUGAUUUUAGAGCCAAUUGGCUGGUGUGCAGAAUAAAUAGAGAAAUCUCAAUUUAAUAGUCAAUAGCUUCAGGAAAUCAUUCCAAGUCUAUGAUUGCUAACUUCAAAGGUUUUUUGAGAGAGAGAAAGAGUGUGUGUGUGUGUGUGUGUGUAAUUACCUAAGUGUAGUUAAAGGAUGAGAGCUAUGCUCGUGGUGUCCCGUCUUCCCGUGUGUGCUUAUUGAACUAUAGCUUCAGAAUGAGAGCUACACCUCACUUAACUAGUUCUAUUCAUUUACAGCUCAUUUGAAAGUUCUUGUGCAAAUUAAUAAUUAGAGCACCUUUGCUUUCUAAGCUCGAGUCUGUGGCCCCUCGUUCUAGACAUUGCAGGUUUUCAAUAUUCCACUGUCAACUUUGCCGAUUCCCAUUUCAUUUUUGUAUGUGAUCGUAUUUCCUCUUUACCACCUUUGACAUUUAACAUCUCCAGUCUGGUCUGGAAGCGAUUUGGUAGCAUUUUACCUAUUUAUGUUCCCCCCCCCCCCUAGAUAUGGAUACCUGAUGGAUACCAGAUAUGGAUACUGUAUACUCCAAUUUUUGUGUUUCAAAUGCUGUUUUUAAUUUCUUUGGUGUCUCCCCCUCCAAGUUUUUAAAAUGAUUUUGAAGUUUACAAAUGUAGAGUAAGCUUUUCAUAUAACUAAGCACCUAGCUGCCUAUUCUGAAUAGACAGACAUUCCCUUUUAAUGCUAUAGGUAUGGUG